AUGUUACAAUCAGACAAAGCCACAUCAUCACCUCCAUUAUGGUCCAUUGAUAGAAAAAUAACUCGUCAAAUAACUCCACGUGAAAAUGCUUCCAUUUCUUCUUCACCUUUAUUAUCUUCUCCUAUAUGGGAUUCAACACCAGUUGGUAAAUCAAUUUAUCUUCGUUUAUGCCAACGUGAACAAUUAUCACCACAAUUAAUACUUGAAGAUAAAGUAUUUCGUUCAGCAAUACGUUUACAACAUGGUUCAACAUAUCGUACACAAUUACAAUUUGUUGGUACAUUAAUUAUUGAUGAUGAAACACAACGUUUAACAUAUGUUAUUGAUCGUUUACAAUUAUCGGAUUCAACAAAAAAUGAAAUUAAUAAUCAUCAUUCAUUAUUACCUAAUAAACAAUUAAAUGGAGAAUUUCUUAUACCAAUUCGAUGUGAUAAUAAAAAUUCAACAACAACAAAUACAGCUAGUAACUUGAUACAAGAAGGAAUGAAGAUAAUCGAUGCUUAUUGUCGUUCAUCUUUACCAAUUGAAUUACAUCAAUUUUCAUAUCUUCAUGGUCAAAUGUUAUCACGUUUAUCACCAUCCAUAAAUGCUGAUUUAUCAUUUGAUCUUUUAACAAUAAAAAAUAGUUUUAAAUUAACACCAAUUAAUUCUGAAUAUGUUCAAAUAUUACCAACAGCUUUAUUAAAAAAUUUAAGUUCAUCAACAGGAAAUGGUAUUUAUAUAAAUCAACCACAUUUUGGUUAUUGUGGUUUAGAUCGAAUGUCAAAAAAUAAAGUUUUAUUAAUACUUGAAAAUGAUCCACAAGCAUGUGCCUUACCAUUAGUUGGAAUUUGGGUAUCUGGUAUUGUUGAUGUUCAAUGUUCAUUUAUUUGGGCAGCAUGUCUUCGUUAUUGUAUGAAUUCAUCUCUUAAACAACGUCUACGUACUGGAAUAAAUACAAAUAAUACAACACAACAAUCAUUUUUACUUGCAUGUUAUUUAUCAACAUCACGUGGUCAAUGUGAUUUUUAUGAAGUUAAUUCAAUGACAAUCAAUUCAACAUUAUCAUCAUUUAUUAUUGAUUAUGAUUUAUGGACAUGUUCAAAAAAAAUAAUUAUGCCAAAUCCUCCAACAUCACAUUCACAUGAUACAAAUGUUAGUACACAAUUACCAUAUGAUUUUGAAUUUAAACAUGUUUAUGAUGGACCAAAAAUGCAUGCCUUAUUAGGAGCACAUACAGGAAAUAUUAAUCUUCCUAAUCAAUGUCAAACAAUUCGAUCAACAAAUAAUAAUCAAUCACCAGCAGAUAUAUCUUUUCUCACAGCAGAAAUACCUUCAGAUGAUGAUGAUGAUGAUGAUGAUAAUAAUAAUAAUAAUAAUAAUAAUAAUAAUAAUAAUAAUAACAAUAAUAAUAACCAUCAUCAUCAAACGACACUUUCAUCACCUAAUACAAAUGGAAGUUUAUUUGGUGUUCCUCGUUUACCACCAAAACAAUCAACACAUCAAUCACCGUCAUGGGAUUCGAUUUCAACUACAACAAUGGCAACACCUAAAUGGAUUGCACCUGUACCUACAGUUAUACCAUCAUUAACAGUUCCACCACCACUACCACCAAUAAGAUUUUCAUCUCCAGCUCCAUCAACGAUUGCACCAUCGACUGCUACUAAUGAUGCUCAAUGGAAAGAAGAAAUGCUUGAAAAAAUGCAAGCAUAUGAUGCUCAUAUUCAAUCAUUAAAUGCCCUUAUUGCUCAACUUUUAGCUGCUCAACAACAACAACAACAACACCAAAGUUCAAUGUCAACACCAGCAAGAGAAUCUACAAAAUGUGAUGUUGCUGUUCAAAGUGAACCUCCAUCACCAUGUACAAGUGAUGAUAUUGGUGAAUCAGCAUCAAUGAUUAAAAGUAAUCGAAAUAGUUCACCAUCAUCAUCACCCAAAAUUGAACAAAUUCAACAUUAUCAACAACAAACACCUAUAAUGACUACAACGACAAGAACACCUUGUUCUACAGCUCAAUUUCAAUCACCACUUCCACUUCCUCCUCCUUCUCCUCCUCCACCACCACCGCCAGUUGUUCGUCAACCAGAACCAGUUAUUGAUUAUGUGUCUCUUCGAAAAUCAACUGAUUGUGAACGACUUAUUGUUGAAAAUACUUCUGUACCAUAUCAGCAUACACCUGUUCGAUCAAUAUCACCUCCAAUUUCAUCGGCACCAACUGAUCUUAAUCCAGUUGAUAUUCUCAAACCAUUUUUUCAAUUUAUGGCUAGUCAACAACAAAAACAACAACAAGAACAAGAAUAUCAAAGAUGUACAUCUCCAUUAAUGACCACAUCAAAAUCAUUUGAUACAGCAAUAAUGAAAACAAUUGAUGAUGAAAGUGGUCGUCAAGCAGAAAAAAUGUCUCAUUUAGCUAAUGUUAUUCAACAACAACAGCAACAGCAACAUGUUACAUCAACAACUACAACAGGUAUUAGUUUUAUUUCUAAUGGUCUUCAAAUGCAAAUAAUUAAUCAACAAAGUAGUACAACUACUGUUUAUCCACCAGUAUCUUCAUCUGUUCCUCUUCCAUCUACUUCUGUACCUUCAACACCUCAAAAGGCUGCUCUUAUUUCAUCAUCAAAUCAACAAUCCGAAAAUGAUCUAUCAAUAGAAGUUCGUAGUUUACAAAUGAAAUAUCUUGAUGAUGAUCAGUUGGCAAUUGCUUCUGAUUAUGAUCGACAAUCACCAACACCACCAAGUACAGUACGACAAUCACCUCAAAUAUUUGAUAAAAAUAUGUCAUUUGCAACACAAAAAUAUUUUCAAAAAUAUAAUAUUCUAUCAGGAUAUAAUCGUCAACAACAACAUUAUUUAUCAUCAGAUGACAAUGAUCUAUUAACAUCAUCUCCACCUCAUCAACGAAUGCUUCUACCAUUACCUCCACCAUCAUCACCAGCUGUAUUUACACAACCACCUAUUCCUCAUGCUCCACAAGCUAAAAUACUCGAUUUGAGUCAAAUACGUAAACUACCUAAAUUACUUUAA